AAGCUCAAACAAGACAUAGAAGAAGACCAUCACUCAUCUCAUCCUCUCCUAAACAAAAUUGAUCAGUGGAAGAAGGAUUCGAUCAACAAAAUCACCACACUUGCUGAUCAAGCUCGAAACGAUAUCAUCAAACUGUUGAAUCACAACAAACAUCAUGUGAAAGAGUGCGUUAAAAGCCUAAGUGUUGAACUAACACAAGGUCAAGAUGCCGAUGACUACAUUGAGCCAGAUCUAGCUAAGUGGAUGGAACAAAUCAAGCAACUGAAAGAGAAAAUAGCAGAUCCAAACAUCAUAAUGGAAGAGCAGGCACAAUCAUCUUGGAUUAAACAAAUCAAAAUCAGUGAGAAGUCAAGAGAAAUAUUUGAGAAAGUGUGUGGUGAUGUCACUGUGGAAGACAGUGGAGUAGUUGCUAUUCAUGGUGGUACUACCACCCAUACAGAGAUUCGUGGAAGAAAUUUGUAUUCAACAGGUAUUCAUAACAUACGCUUCAAGAUUGACAAAAGCUCAAGCAAGUGGCUAUUUUUUGGAAUCAUUUCAUCAUCAACACCAAUGAAAGCACAGUCCUACUCAUCACCAUCAGCAUAUGGGUGGGUUGUUAGACGAGCAGAGGUCUGGUUGAACGGUGUACGUUCUAACGGAUAUGGAGUUUCGGAUGGUGACAUUUGCGAGAAUGAUACAGUGGAACUGACACUCAACUGCGAUGAAAAAACAGUUCAGUGCUUAAAUGAGCGUACAAAGAAGAAGUAUGAAGUGCAAGUUGAUGUCACUAGUUGUCCUUAUCCAUGGCAGUUCCAUCUUAAUCUGUAUUAUGCCAAUGAUCGUGUUAGUAUUUGCUCCUAA